ACAGAAGUUGAAUUGGUCGGGACAUAGCAGAAAUUCAUUAUCAUCUUUCCUUUACCUUUCCCAAUUGUCCCACUGUCAGCUCUCAGACCCCUCAACAAACCAAACAUGAUCAACAAGAACACAGCCACUGAUCAUCAACAAACUCGUAUGCUCUCCAAAAAAGACUUCAAUCUUUCAGAGUCCAGUUUGUUAAAAUACAUUUUAAUUAUACUUAUAAUUGCAAUCCAUUCUCUGGAAUCUCAGGCGUCCGUUUCAAACUUGCUUUCCUCUCAUCCAAAGCCUCCGCCAAUCCCAAUUCUCCCUAUCCCAACCUCACAGCAACUCUCAUGGCAGUUCACAGAAAUGGCCAUUUUCUUGCACUUUGGCACCAACACUUUCACAGACUCGGAGUGGGGAACAGGGCAUGUUGACCCUUCAGUUUUCAAUCCCACUGCGUUGAAUGCCACACAGUGGGUUAGUGUGGCCAAAGAAACUGGCUUUUCAAGAGUUAUUCUGACUGCAAAACAUCAUGAUGGGUUCUGCCUUUGGCAGUCUGACUAUACUGAUUAUUCUGUGAAGUCUAGUCCUUGGAAGAAUGGGACUGGGGAUGUGGUGAAAGAGUUGGCUGAGGCUGCAAGAAUUGCUGGUUUACAGUUGGGGCUUUAUCUUUCUCCUUGGGAUAGACACGAGCCUUGUUAUGGCAAGACUCUCGAGUACAAUGAGUAUUAUUUGGGGCAGAUGUCUGAGUUGCUGACUAGAUAUGGUGAGAUUAGGGAAGUUUGGCUGGAUGCUGCGAAAGGUGAGGGAGAGAAAGACAUGGAGUACUUUUUUGAUGAUUGGUUUAGUCUUGUUCAUCAACUUCAACCUGGGGCAGUCAUAUUUUCUGAUGUUGGUCCAGACACAAGGUGGAUUGGGAAUGAGGGUGGUGUUGCUGGUACAACUUGCUGGUCUCUUUUCAACCGGAGUAAUGCAGAAUUUGGCGAUACUGAUCAUCAAUAUUCUGGAGAAGGGGAUCCUCUUGGCCAUGACUGGGUACCUGCAGAAUGUGACGUCUCCAUCCGACCCGGAUGGUUUUGGCAUGCAUCAGAAGUUCCAAAAUCCGCAAUGACCCUUCUUGAUCUAUACUAUGAAUCAGUUGGCAGAAACUGUCUCCUUUUACUAAACGUACCUCCAAAUUCUUCAGGUCUUAUAUCCCAGGAAGACAUUCAAGUCCUUCAAGAAUUCUCAGAGAUUCGCGGUUCUAUAUUCUCCCACAAUCUAGCAGAAGGUGCCUCAAUUUCUGCUAGCAGCACGCGAGGUAGUCCAAGUGAUUCUCGUUAUGGCUCACACAACCUUCUUGAAGACAGUAUAUAUUCCUACUGGGCUCCGGAUGAGACUUUAUCAGACUGGAUACUGUAUUUAGAUUUCCGAGAGGUCGUUACUUUCAAUGUCCUGCUCGUGCAAGAGCCAAUCCAAAUGGGUCAGCGGAUCAUCAAGUUCCAUCUCGACUUCUUGAACGAGAAUGGCGAAUGGGAGUUGGUGACAACGGGCUCCACCGUGGGAUACAAAAGGCUGUUGAAAUUUCAUAGUGUCAAAGCCAGUCACUUGAGGCUUGUUGUCGAGAAAUCUCGGGCCGACCCACUGAUAUCUUAUUUAGGCAUAUACAUGGAUCUGUUUUCUAUUUUCGGACAUAUCUCUAAGCUUACCUCUGGAUCAUCAGUAAAUGGUAGUGAACCUCUCCGGCAGACUACACAAAGAAAUUCCAACAGUUACUAUAUCUAGUUUAAUGUAGUAAUGUAUAGGAGCGGUCUUGUUCCAGCACUGCUGUUCAUUGGUGUUUUCAUGCAUCUAAAUAGUUCAUCUAAACGUCUGUCUUUGUUUGGUUGUGGUGAGCACCCCGACAUUUGUCUGAUACCAUUAAUCAAAUUCUGUAAUAUAUAAAUCAAUCUCCUGAGGAUAUCUGCAAACUAUGAAGCCUUGAGAAUUUCUUUAACCACCGUUCUUAAUGGAGAUUUA